GGUUCAGAUGUAUGUGACAAUUCUGAUUGGCUUCUCAACAAGACUGGGUUCAUUGCACAUUUCUCAAUUUAUGCAUGUCAUCCUGGAGCAGGGCCCAUGACCGACAUGCUAAUCUUCUCUGUACCCUUCCAAUUGCAACAGAUGUCCCGAAGGACUUAUGUCUCAUUUCCCUUUGGGGUACGAUGGGCCAGUUGCACCACUUGCCAUUGCCCAAGGUUCCGAACGCAUCUGGACAUGACCGAUGUCCGAAUGCAUUCGAAAAUCUUGGUGGAUGGCAGUGGUGCAUCUGUGCCCUAAUCUGGCUUGAAUUGUGUUCUUCUUGUAGCCUGGAGCAGAACAAUGGGGAGGCAAGGUUGCGCUUUGCAGAGCAACAAUGGGCAAAGAAGGAUGCAGAAAGGGAUGCCGCACUUAAGGCCAAAGAUCAGCAAAUGGCAAACUUGUUGCUGGAGAACUCAAAGCAGAAGCUGCAGGCAGUAGAACUGGAGAAAUCGCUGAGGAAGACUGCAACACAAAUAAAAGAUGAACAAGCACGCACAUCGAUUGAUAAUGCAAAGCUUAAAGAGCAGAUACAGGAGCUUGACGUACAGCUCCAGGGGAUGAGGCGUGCUGUUUUGGAGAAAGAUAAGCAGUACUCGGAGACGACGACAGCUGAACUGCGCAAGUGGGAAGAGGAGGAAGCCGCCCGCCAGCAGGAAAUUCAACGCCAGCUGGCAGAGGCAGAGGCAGCACGUCAGCAGGACGCAACAGAAGCUGCAACAGCCACACGGUUGCAACAGCAGCAGGUCGAGGCAAGUCAAAACCCCACGAUGGAUCUUGCUCGCGACGAAGCCACGUACGCUAGGCUACUUCGACGACAGCAUUUCCAAGAGACCGAAGAACAAGAAGAGCCAACCGAUGAAGAAAGGGACAAGGAAGGGACAGCAGUUCUAAUGGAGACUCUGCUGUACACGUGCACUUGGCAGCAAUGUGAACUGCUCGCCAUGCGGCAGGUCCUCAUCCGCCAUGAAACAACGCUCAAGGCAAUGGACAAGAGGAUCGCGACCCUGCAGACCGAGAACAGCACACUACAUGCCGCCAACAGCCAGCAGCGGACACUCAACCACCAGUUGCAGGCAGAUGUCAGCAUGGGGUUGGCACAACUGUCAGCAGCUGCGUCAACGGGCAGUGCAGCGGUAGACUGCCGCCCAGCUUUGGCCGCGCAGGCCAAGCAACUCGAGGAGCGGAUCAACCACUUGGUCGCAUCCCUCGGCGACACCAGCAAGUUUGCUGGAGCAUUGACAGUCAGCAAUCAGCUGCAGACGCUCAGCGACCGCGUUGACCAACGACCGGCCGCUGCCACCAAGGAAUGGAAGAUGCCGAACUUCAAGAUCGAGAAGUUCGAUGACUAUCACAAAACUGAUCCGCUGCAAUGGUGGAUGACUUUCAAUGCAGAGGCGGAUCACCAAACACAUCACCAGCGCAUGCCUCGACAAGGACAAGGAGAAUGUCAAACGUUCAAGCUCGGGAAACUGAGCACCACGGGAAGUGCAACGACAUCACUUCCCAAUCCGUCGGAGUCGGCUGCCUUGCUAGCAGCCUCUCUCACAUCCGGGGAUGACGCGGUAGUCGCAAGUUCUCGCAUUGAGUAUGAGCACUAUGCUGUCGAGCUGGUCCCACUGUUGAACCAGCCUCUCCACGUGCAAGAUUCAAGCGCAUGCGCGGUAGUUCCACCGUCGGACAACGAACCGGUUGCUUCGCCAGCCCUUCUAUUGGAGGAUCCGUCAACUUGGGCGAGUCUUGAGGAUCUCGACCCAUUGACGGUUGAGGAAUUCCAAUGGUUGCCUCUUCCCUCCACCGGUUCUUUGCCAACCCCGCAUUGCAAUGCUUUAAUGGCACAUUUGCGCGAAUACUUGCACGCUGCAGUACCACCUCCAUCGACGGACGACGGAGUAGCGGUUGUUGAUCUUUAUAACUAUCUUGCGAAGAUCGACCGCGAGUACACAACGCAACAGUACGUCGACAACGACGCGCCGCUCCUCUACAUCCGCAUUCAGAUCGGAAAGGCGACCUGCAGUGCCUUGAUCGAUUGUGGAGCGACUCGCAACUACAUCAGCCAAGACUUCAUGGCACGAGCCGGGCUUGGCCCGCGCGUUCGAAGGAAAAGUCAGCCUACGCACGCCACGUUGGCCGAUGGUCACACGCAAAAGUCAAUCGACCGAUGCGUUGACUCGGUGCCCGUGUACUUCGCCCCGUUAGCAUGCGAGGCCGUGUCUUUUGACAUAUUGGACAACAAGUUCGAUAUGAUCCUAGGCAUGUCGUGGCUGCAAAGCGAAGACCAUCCAGUGAACUUCCAUGGACGCACCGUUCACGUUCGUGAUCGGUGCGGCGAACUAGUUCCGUGUACGGUGCCGCUUCCUCAUCCUUUGAUUGGUUGUCACGUGGUAUCCGUGGCGAGCAUUCGCCAAUCCAUCCGGCGGAACGACAUCGAGGAGAUGGGCAUAUGUUUUCUUCAUGCCCUCUCACCCGGUGAUCAGCCCAAGACGGAUACGUCGGACCCACGCAUCAUUGAGCUGUUGGACAGCUAUGAGGAUGUCUUCCAAGCUCCCGCCGGAGUCAUACCAGAUCGGCCCAUGCGCCACGGGAUCACUCUCGAGGACGGCGCCGUACCUCCGCGCGGAUGUAUCUACCGCAUGAGCGAAGAGGAACUUCAAGUGCUUCGGGCACAACUAGACGACCUCUUGGCCAAGGGUUGGAUUCGCCCUAGCUGUUCGCCAUACGGUGCUCCCGUUCUCUUCGUCCGAAAGAAGAACAAGGACCUUCGAUUGUGUAUUGACUAUCGGAAACUUAACGCACAAACGAUCAAGAACGCCGGCCCUCUCCCUCGGAUCGAUGAUCUUCUCGAGCGACUCGGUGGCUCCAAGUACUUCUCAAAGCUUGACCUCAAGUCCCGAUACCACCAGAUCGAGAUCCAGCCAAGAGACCGGUACAAAACCGCGUUCAAGACGCGGUAUGGGCACUUUGAGUGGAUCGUCAUGCCUUUCGGUGUCACCAAUGCCCCGGCUACUUUCCAAGCGGUCAUGAUGACGGAAUUCCGCGACUUGCUCGACCGCACCGUGCUUAUUUACCUCGAUGAUAUCUUGGUUUAUAGCCGGCCGUUGGACGAGCACCUCGAGCACCUUCGCGCCGUAUUGGAGCGGCUUCGUAUCGCCAAGUACAAGGCGAACCGCGACAAGUGCGAGCUUGCCCAGCAAGAGCUGGAGUACUUAGGCCAUUACGUUACACUGCAAGGCAUUCGUCCGCUCGCGGACAAGGUACAAGCUAUUCAAGAUUGGUUGGACCUCAAGUGUACUACCGACGUUCGCUCCUUUCUCGACUUGGCAUCAUACUACAUGCGCUUCGUCAAAGGAUUUCAACGUAUCGCUGCACCAUUGUUGCGACUUCAGUCCUCCUUGGAGCCCUUCGAGUUCAGCGACGAGGCCCGGCAUGCGUUUCACACGCUGAAGACGACUUUGCUUCAAGUUCCCGCCUUAAGCAUCUACGAGACCACGACCCGAUAUUGCCCACCAAACCACGGCGUUCCGGAAGACAUCGUCAGCGACCGCGACACUCGUUUCAUGUCGGCCUUUUGGACGACACUCAUGGUGGAAUCCAGCACCAGCAUGAAAUCGAGUUCCGCACGUAGUCCUCAAACGGAUGGGCAAAUGGAACGUGCGCACCAGAUUGCGCAGAUGAUGUUCCGCACACUCAUCCGCCUGGAUCAGAAGGAUUGGGUUGAUCGCCUUCCCGACAUCGAGUUCGCCUAUAACACUUCGGUGCACCCGGCGAUUGGCGUGACUCCAUUCGAGUUGCACCAUGAUGGACGGAAACGACGUAUCUUCGCAGACAUUUUGAUUCCACGGGCUGCCGAUAUAGACGCCGCUUGCUCCCCCGCUUCUACACGGAAGUACAGGGAACUGCUGGCCAAAGCCCGCACAAACAUGCAAGAGGCUCAUGUCCGUAUGCAGCAGCAAGCGAACCGGCGUCGCAUCCCAUGUCCAAUUCGCGCUGACGACCUAGUUUGGGUCACCUCCGAGGAAUUCGCGCUCGAGCAGGACGUCUCGCACAAGCUCCUCCCGAAGUGGUUUGGACUAUGGAUGGUCACUUCAACAGCUGGCGACGACCCCGCGGGUCCAUCUUUCAUCAUUGAGAUCCCCCCGCAUUUGACGGUCCACCCGAUCUUUCACGCCUCAAAGCUGGCAGUUUACACUCUAGCCUCCGCAGCGGAUUUUCCGGGCAGACGGUCACAAGACCCUCUCCUUCAAUGGAUGGUCAUUAGGAGGUCGACCGCCUUCUCACACAUCGCAAGCAUGGCAACAAGUCGAUGCAUUACAAAGUUCCAUUUAAGCAACGCGAUCCGAACGACACACGCUGGAUUUCAAGAGUUGACCUGAAGGCGACAACACCCCUCGUCUUCGCGCAUUACGAAAAACAGCGACUCGC